AUGGCAGCAAUUCACGCUCUGAAUCCAAAGGCCGAGGUGGCUCGUGCCUCGCAAGCGCUCGCCAUCAACAUCGGCGGCGCCAAGGGUCUUCAAGAGGUGCUUCGAACCAACCUCGGACCGAAAGGAACCAUGAAAAUGCUGGUAAGCGGCGGUGGGGAGAUUAAGAUCACCAAGGAUGGCAAUGUUUUGCUUCACGAGAUGCAAGUCACGCACCCAACGGCAUCGCUGAUUGCCAAGGCAUCCACGGCCCAGAAUGACGAGACUGGUGAUGGAACCACUUCGACGGUGUUGAUUAUCGGCGAACUGCUCAAGCAGGCGGAGUAUUUCAUCCAGGAGGGCGUUCACCCGCGUGUCAUUGCCGACGGUUAUGACCUGUCCCGAAAGAAGGCCAUUGAGUUCCUCAACAAGUUCAAGUACCAACCAGAGACGAUGGACCGCAGUCUGCUGCUCAGCGUUGCCCGGACUGCUCUGAAGACGAAGGUGGCUCCCGAGCUGGCGGAACGCCUCUCUGACAUUUGCGUCGACGCCAUUGAGUGCAUUCGACGGGAGGGCAAGCCCAUUGACCUGUUCAUGGUUGAGAUCCAGGAGAUGCAGCAUAAAACGGUGGACGACACCAAACUGGUGAAGGGCCUCGUUCUCGACCACGGUGCUCGCCACCCUGACAUGAAGAAACGCCUGACCAAUGCCUUCGUCCUCACUUGCAAUGUUUCGUUGGAGUACGAAAAGACAACCGUUCACUCUGGCUUCUUCUACAAGACCGCCGAGGAGCGUGAAAAGAUGGUCGCUGCUGAGCGAAAGUUUAUCGAGGCCCGAGUGCAGAAGAUAAUUGACCUGAAGAACAAGGUCUGCGCAGAAGACCCCGAGAAGAGCUUUGUUGUCAUUAACCAGCAAGGCAUUGAUCCGAAUUCGCUCGACAUGCUCGCUCGCGAGGGUAUUACCGCUUUGCGCCGUGCCAAGCGCCGCAACAUGGAGCGCAUGACGAAGGCCUGCGGUGGGCGGCCGAUGAACAGCCUCGACGACCUGACGCCUGACUGCCUUGGUCACGCCGGUCUGGUCUACGAGCACACCCUGGGCGAGGAGAAGUACACCUUCGUGGAGGAGCUGAAGAACCCCGAGUCGGUGACCAUUCUCAUUCGCGGACCGAACAAGUACUCACUCUUGCAGAUCAAGGACGCCAUCUACGACGGCCUGCGAGCCAUCAAGAACUCCAUCGAGGACAAGUCGCUGGUGCCGGGUGCUGGCGCUUUUGAGGUGGCACUGCACGCAGAGCUGCUCGCCUACAAGGGCCAAGUGGAGGGAAAGGCACAGCUGGGCGUGCAGGCCUUUGCUGACGCACUGCUGGUGAUUCCGAAGAUUCUCGCCUUCAACAGCGGCUAUGAUCAGCAGGACGUGAUGAUCAAGCUGCUGACGGAGUACAAUGCCACCAAGGCGCCCGUCGGCAUUGAUCUCAACACCGGCGAGCCGCUGAAUCCCGUCGAGGCGGGCAUCUUUGAUAACUACCGCGUCAAGAGGCAGCUCAUUUACUCAUGCACUUCAAUCGCAUGCAAUCUGCUUCUCGUGGAUGAGAUCAUGCGCGCCGGCCUGACGUCGCUGAAGAACCCCAAUUCGGCAACAGCUGGCAUGCAGUAG